AUGGUAAGUAGACAUGGCUGGGUCAUCAGGACCUCUGUUUCUCUGUUUCGGCCAUGUCUGUUCCAACAACCCCGUCCUGUGCUGUUCAAUUGUGACCCGUCCUCUUACCUGAAUGUUCCAUGUCCAGCAAGGACUCCAGCCAUCGUUCGUGCCUGGAAAGUUCCCCCGACCGUAUCCCGCCUUCUAUCUUCCCGAAGGUCCUGCCUGGUACCGUAUUCGUCGCUACUUACACCCACUGUGGACUGUGACACCCUGCACGCCCUCCGUCUCCAUCUUCUUCACCCUACGUGCCUACCUAACCCAGUCUACUCCCCUCACCCUACUCCUCCUUCUACUCCUCAUCCUCCUGCCCAACCUGACCUGGCACUCACUCGCCCUCACCUCCUUCAGUCAUCCAUCAUCCACUCUGCGCCAGGCUUCGCCUUAGAUCAGUCCUUAUUAUUCUUCUCGCUGCCCUCCGAGCCACGCUUUGCGCUUCCUUCUCUCUUCUUCUUUUCUACCACUUCUCCCCAUCUACCGUGUCAAACAUCGACAUAUCAAGCUCUCGAAACUGUGCGGUUCCUCUGCCCAGCGCCCAUCGCCACUACCGUACUCGAACCUCUCAGUUGGUACAUACCGCCACCAACCCGCCCCUCCACACAGAUAUCAACUCGCUUCUGGCGCCUCGCCCCGCCCUAA